UGGAAACUGAAGUUCUAUUGUUGGCAUGUUUUGGCUAACUAUCCCAAUUUCGACGGUUGUGAUUGUUGUAGUGGGUGCAGCGCCAAAAGUAACACACUUACUGCAUGAAAACAUGCAACAUGGAACCAAACGUCUAUGUGCGAAUGUGUGCCAGGAUCUGCCUAAGCUGGACCUGGAGCCAGUGUGCAUGAUGUUCAGCAGAUACAAGAAGGGAUUUCAGUUCUUUGUCAAUAUGUGCCAUGCUAGACGAGCUGUCUGUAAGGAGAGUGUUUUGUUACAUGUGGUUCAUCCGAACAGAUGUAAAAAGAGCAAACAAUUCUUUCUACCAGUAGUUUAAAACCUGUGCUCCAAUCAAAGUAUAGACACUCAAGUUCUAUUUACUAUAACAUAAGUACAUGGUUGAAGAAAACACAAUGAGCACAAUAUAAACCGAAGAUCUUAAAAAAAAGGAUUAAUUACUACAAGUAUCGAUCUAAUAAAGUGUUCAAUUCAUUUCCUCUAAUAAAAUUAAAUUCACCAAAUUCAUAA